AUGCUCAAACAGCUGCUGAGUCUGGCGAGCAGGACUCUGGUCAAGUCAGGACAGGCUCAUACAGCUGCUGAGUCUGGCGAGCAGGACUCUGGUCAAGAACUUCAUAGAACUGCAGAUACAUUAGCAACCAAUGCAUCACUAGCCAACACGUCAACCAACGUCUCCUCAGUUCACUCAUCUUCAUCCAGCUCUUCGUCCGUCAACCAAUCAUCCGUCAAGUCAUCUUCAGUUGGCAGAUCUUCAGUCCACCACUUCAACACAACUGUAGUGGAUUCAUCUUCAGACUCAAAGGAAGCACUGAGGUCAUCAGUAGGCCUGCGUAGGCCAACAGAUCCCUGUUCGUUUCCUUGUCUGAAUGGAGGUCAGUGUGUCCAUCCUGAGUCAUGUGACUGCAGUUUAUAUCAAGCUACUGGAACACGAUGCCAAACAGUUCCUAACCCAGGAUUUGAGAGGGAGAUGGCGUGUCGGUCGUGGGGCCAGUAUAACUACGAGACGUUUGAUGGGCUGUACUAUCACUUUCCUGGGAGAUGUAUCUACACUCUGCUGAGAGACUGUGAAGACACCAGCCAGGCCAGCAUUCUCAUACAGGUCCACAAUGACCCAGACUGCCGCUCGUCUCCCUACUCCUGCACGCGGUCAGUUAGUCUCUUCCUGCCCUGGGAAGGAGAGAUCAGGUUGCACAGGUCCAAAGUUACCUUCAAGGGACAGAGUGUCCAGCUGCCUCACCACAUCCAUGACGUGGAGCUGGAGAGGAUCUCCCGCUAUGUCUUGGUGACCCAGCAACAUGGCUUCACCCUGGCCUGGGACGGACACAGUGGCUCUGUCUACAUCAAGCUGAGCCCAGAGUGGGUGGGCAGGACCUGCGGUCUGUGUGGCAACUUCAACGCAGACGUACAGGAUGACCUGAAGACCAGCUACGGUGUGGUGACGGAGGACCUGUCCAUGUUUGGGAACAGCUGGGUGGAGGAGGAGCUUCACCAGGUCAGGUGUCCCAUGGUGCCCUUCAUGUUCCCCUCGCCCUGCGCCUCAGGUGACCCACACAUACUACUGAAAGUGGAGGAGGUGUGUGCAAUGCUUCUGGAGGAACCAUUUACAGGCUGUCAUGAGUUUGUCAGUCCUCUGUCUUACAUGGCUAGCUGCUCCAACGACCUCUGUCUGUCGGGUCCCAACGGUGAUGUGGUAUGCCAGGUGUUCACGGAGUAUGCCCGGGCCUGUGCCCACGCCGACCACCCACUGACGGACUGGAGGACUCACAUACCACAGUGUGCGAUGCCGUGCCCUCCAGGUCUGCAGUAUAAGGAGUGCAUCACCUGCUGCCCUGUGUCCUGUAACGUGGACAGAAUGUGUAUUGACAACAAGCUGCAGUGUCUAGACGGAUGCUACUGUCCCGACGACCUGAUCUAUGAGGAGGGAAGUUGUGUGAAGGCCUCAGACUGUCCCUGUGAAUACCACGGCAUGGUCUACCCCUCUGGACAGACAGUUCAGGAGGAGUGUAACAACUGCACGUGUGUGGGGGGAGUGUGGAACUGCACAGAGUACAGCUGCCCAGGAGAGUGCUCUGUGACUGGGGACAUGUACUUCCACUCGUUUGACGGCAGGAUAUUCACCUUCCCAGCUUCCUGUCAGUAUGUCCUGGCUAAGAGUCGUAACUCAGGGAAGUUCACUGUCACCAUUCAGAACGCCCCGUGUGGAACCCAUUUGGACGGGUCUUGUAUCCAAUCAGUCAGCCUGGUCAUAGACGAGGACCCACGGACUGAGAUCACACUGACUCACCUAGGAGAGGUCUUCAUGGCAGGACAGUACCGCAUCUCUCUGCCCUAUUCAGACGAGGUGUUCCACAUCCAGGAGCUGUCCUCCAUGUACCUGCAGGUGCGUACUGCUUUGGGUCUGCAUCUGCAGUACAGCUGGAGGGAGUUCCGUCUCUACCUGCAGGUGGAUGAGCUGUGGAAGGGCGACACGGUGGGGCUCUGUGGAACCUUCAACGGAAACAUCCAGGACGACUUCCUGUCCCCGUCUGGUAUGAUAGAGAGCACCCCUCACCUGUUUGGCAACGCAUGGAGGGUAUCCUCUGCCUGUGUCCCCAGCCAGAGUGUUCCCCAGCUUGACCCAUGUGACACCCAUCAGCAAGCAGCAUCCUACGCCUCUGAGAUGUGUGACAUCCUGAACCAGGAGUUGUUCUCAGGGUGUCAUGAGUACCUGAGUCCGGUGCCCUUUCACCAACAGUGUAAAGCAGACACCUGUAAGUGUGGCCAGCCCUGCCUCUGCUCUUCCCUGGCCCACUAUGCUAGACAGUGCAGGAAGUACUCUGUCAUCACGGAGUUCAGAGCCAGCGUACCUGACUGUGGUGAGUACUGUGGUCUGGCCCUGGAUUUACUUUCAGUCAUUAUUGACUGUCAGUAUAUAUCCGCCCUGUCCACGCAGCAGCACUGUGGAGAGGAGUGUGAGGAGGGCUGUGUGUGUCCACACGGCACCUUCUACAGCACACACACACACACCUGUGUGCCCAGGAGCUCCUGUCCCUGUAGUUUCCUGGGGGCGGACUAUGCUCCAGGCGAUGUGAUCAUGACAUCAGCAGGUGUACAAAUUUGCCAAGAUGGCAAGCUAGUUUCCCAAAGUCCUGCCACUGACCAACAGUGUCCGCUGGGUCAGAUGUACCUGGACUGUACUGAGGGGCUGGAGGGGCUGAAGGCUAUAGAUGGGAUCAGCCUGGGAAGAGGACUGGGCUGUGAACACACCUGUGAAUCCCACCUGCUCAACCUCACCUGUUCAGCUCAUGAACCGUGCAUACCUGGCUGUGUCUGUCCCCCUGGAUUGCUGAAACAUGGCGAUGAGUGUUUUGAGCCUGACGCCUGCCCCUGCCUCUGGAAGGGGAAAGAGUACUAUCCAGGAGAUAGAGUCACCUCCCCCUGUCAUCAAUGUGUCUGCCAGCAUGGAACAUUCCAGUGUGUGUUCCGUCCGUGUCCGUCCAUGUGCACAGCCUACGGGGACCGGCACUACAGGACCUUUGAUGGUCUACUGUUUGACUACGUUGGAGUGUGUAAAGUCUACCUAGUAAAGAGCAGUGCUGAUCUGAUGAUGAGUGUACUGUCUGAGAACGUGGACUGUUACGACAGCGGCGUCAUCUGCAGGAAAUCUCUACUCAUCAACAUUGGUAGAUCUUUCAUUGCGUUCGUCGACAGUGGCAAACCAAACCCGUCCAGUGUGAUCGACUGGAGGCAGGAGGUGUUCAUAUGGAGCGCUGGGCUCUUCACCGUGGUCCACGUUCCCGAGGAGGACCUGACCGUGCUCUGGGAUCGCAAGACCACUGUCCACAUCCAGGCUGGACCACGCUGGCAGGGCAAACUGAGCGGUCUGUGUGGGAACUUUGACCUGAGGACGGUCAAUGAGAUGAGGACACCAGAGAACAUAGACUCUGCCACGCCUCAGGAGUUUGGCAACAGCUGGACGGCAGCUGAGUGUGUUAACAGCCCAGACAUCAGACACCCCUGCAGUCUGAACCCCCUGAGGGAGCCGUUCUCCAAGAGGCAGUGUGGAGUCCUGCUCAGCGAGGUCUUCCUGGUCUGCCACCCGGUGGUGGACGUGACAUGGUUUAGGAACUGCCUGGCUGAAUGCGGCUGUAGUCGUAUGGGGACUGUGUGUUUCUGUACCAGGCUGUGGUUAGCCUACGCCCACCGAUGCUGUCACCAAGGUGUCACCGUGGACUGUGAUCCCCGUCGAUCUGCCGCCUACGAUUGUGAAUACUACAACAAAGUUCUGGGUAAAGGCCCCUACAGGCUGGUGACCUACAGGGAGAGGGACACGGUGCUGGCAGCCAACAGGUCCAGUGGGACAUUGUUCCCUAAGAAAGGAGACCCUGCUGCGGCUGGCUUCCUGUCCCUCUUCAUGAUGACCCCUGGGCUCAGCAGAGCGCGUCCGCACGACACGUCCUUGGUGUCGUUCGAGGCGUCCGAUCGGCCCAACUACUUCCUGGCUGUGGACAGCAGCGGCCAUCUCACGCUGACCAAGUGGGAGGAGAGUGAAGCAUUCUGGGCCGCGGCUACCUUCAUGCUGCACCGUGACACCUGGAUCCAGGGUUAUGAUUCUCUGGAGGCUUUGGCCAGACCGGGAUUCUUCCUCCACUACAUGCUGUCCUGGAUUCACCUCAUGAAGUACAAACACACGGACGGAUUCCGCAAGGCCACGCUCUUCAAACUGACAGGCCCUGGUCCAGACACCCCUACGGGUCCUAAGUGCCAGUGGAGGUAUGAUUCGUGUGUCAGUCCCUGCUUCAGGACCUGCAGUGACCCCUCGGGGGAGGCAUGUGGCACCGUUCCAAAAGUGGAGGGAUGUCUGCCUCUGUGUCCUGGUCACAUGGUGCUGGAUGAGGUCACUCAGAGAUGUGUCCAUGUUGAAGACUGCAUUAAGCCACCAGUUGCUGUGCAGCCCAUUACUACUGACAGCAGUGUUGAGUCAACACCUGCAGCUGUCACUCCUUCAGCCACCACAACCACCACUAGGAGCAGCCCGGCUAGCCCAGGCCUCUCCACAGCACGCUCCACCCCGGGUCCCCCUGUCCCCCUCACCACCACUUCCAUCCAGCCUCCCUACACCACCCCUUCAGACACAGUCCCCACUACUGCAGCCACCACCACCAUUCCUAUUGUCUCAACUUCUGCUUUGGAUGCUCUGACCACCUCUGCUAAGGUUCCGACCACAGUGACCGAUAAGGUGGUUCUGCCCAGCACCUCUUCAGCCGUACCGGCUCCAGAGGGAACCAGUGCAGCAGCAACACACUCAACUCCAUCCCUGGCCACCUCAGUAAGACCUGAGGUGGUGGAGGUUGUAUCUACAGUGAAGACAUCUCCGUCCUUACCCUCCACUACAGAAGGCAGUACAGAGAGGACGACCAGGGCCCCCAGCUUCACACCCAGCCCCCUAGGCCCCAGCACAGAGAGGACCAGCCAGGUCCCCUUCUCUAUCACAGCUCUGUUCUGGCUCACGUCCUCCACCACCAGGCCCUCUCUACGCCCAGGGCCUACAGACACCACAUUCACCAGCCCCCCUCCAUCCACUACCAUGGGCCCCUGGAUAAGCUCCACCGUGGGGCCUACUCAGACCAGCGCCCUGCCUGCAGUACCAGUCACCCCCACCAGUGUGACCACCAAGGCCACCACACGUCCUGGAGACACAGGGACUCCAGUCUCAACCACCUCUAGUCCACGUCCAAUCACAGUCUCAGAGACACCCGGGGACACAGCUUUGACUACAACUAGGACUACAACUAGGACUACAACCAGGACUACAACUAGGACUACAACCAGGACUACAGCUUCUAUAACCACCCUUGGUGCACCCACAGAGACAAGCACAAAGCCUGUAACUGUGGAGACAACCGAGCCAUCAACAAUCAAAGUCCUCUCUCCUGGUGUAUCGACUACAGCCGAUACUACAGUACCCUCUCUCUCACCGACCUCCACCGUUCACACCGUAACAACAACAAUACCACCACCACCAGAACCCACUUCAAAACCCAGCACAGUAUCAACCUCACCAGUCACCCCUUUCACUACUCUCAGAACCACACCGUCCACACGCCCGAAGACAACGCCACCACUUGUUUUCCCGGCAACCACAGAGAAGACCGUUCACGCCUCCCCGACAGAGCUGAGGACAUCCACAACUCCAGUUCCUGAGCUACCGACUACCACCGCUGUUCCCAUGCCAACGACAACAACAAUAUCAACCGGCCCUACCUCAGAACAGCCGGCGACAACCAAGAAAACGACGAGAGCACCGGUCUCAACGGCAACAGCAGAACCCUUGGUAACGACCCGUAUAACCAUGACACCGGCUGUAGUCACACCUGUGAUUGUCAUAGACACGGUAACAACAUCUCAACUGACAACAACACCUACGGCCUACACUGAAAGGACCUCUUGGUCUGGCGUUGUUUCAACCACAGAGAGAACCACAGAACACACAACCACAACCGCACACCCGACUGAAGCUGUGGACUGGAGACUGACCACUACUACCGGUCCCCCGACAACAACGACCACCAAACCUCCAGACCUUCUGGUAACGACCACAGAGUCCCCCAAGAUCACCUUCACCUCUCCUUCCAUCUCGACCACAACAGAGGCAGUGGUCCCAACCACAACCACAUUACCUGUAUCACCGGUGUCACACACAGAGACCACCACGACCACCUUCACCUCUCCUUCCAUCUCGACCACAACAGAAGCAGUGGUCCCAACCACAACCACAUUACCUGUAUCACCGGUGUCACACACAGAGACCACCACGACCGUGCCAGGUCCACCAGUGGCUGUAGGGACCGUAACGACCCAGCACCCCACCACACUGAAGACCACGAAGCCUUGGAGGCCCCCCCACAGCGAAACCUCCACCACUCCUUCUAGCCUUGUCUCUAGCACAGAGAGGGUGACCACACCUGAGGUCCCAGUGAAACCUGCGGUCAGCACAGAAGUAGACGUCUCUCCACACCAAGUCUUCUCCACUACCACCACUGACACACUUCACCACGUUGCUUCAUCUACAGUGCCAGGCGUCACCACCACAACCUCAGUUACCAUGACGACCACUGCCAAAACCACCACAGCUCCGCCCGAGACUUCAACUGGCGCAGUUUCAACCUCCAGGACGGAGAGACCUCCUGCGACACAUGAACCCCUGGCCAUGCCUGGUGUACCUGGGGAACCAGCAUUACCUCUCACCACAACGGUCCCUACGACAACUGUCCCACCUUUACCUGGAGUCCAUACAACCACCAUCACACCUGUACCUGGUGUCCCAGUGACCACUGUCCCACCUUUACCUGGUGUCCAUACGACCACCAUCACACCUGUACCUGGUGUCCCAGUGACCACUGUCCCACCUUUACCUGGUGUCCAUACGACCACCAUCACACCUGUACCUGGUGUCCCAGUGACCACUGUCCCACCUUUACCUGGUGUCCAUACGACCACCAUCACACCUGUACCUGGUGUCCCAGUGACCACUGCCAUCAGCCCAGUGACCAUCAGACCGCUAACAGAGACUACUAGCGUUCCUCCCGAUACAGGAAGGGUGGAAGUAUUGUCUACUACUUCCACAACAACUACACAAGAACCAACUUCUUCCUGGUCUGGUCCAGUAACCACAAGCAGGUCCUCCACCUCCACCACGUCAGUCCCCAGACCCACUAGCCACCUAGAGAGAGUCACUACCAGAGUGGUUCCUACUUCUAAAGUGGUCUCCAAGACCACCCACAGACCAAUGACAACAACACGCAGGACAACAACAGGCAGGGUUCCCGUGACGACGUCCAGAACUGCCACAACGGUGAGGUCCACCGCCAGACCGAGCACUGUUAGGGCAACUGUAGAUACAAGAACUCUGGGAGUUCCAGGGGUUCCGACAGCGACGACCAGACCCGGUCCUCCUACGGUCGCUCCUCCUAGCCUGGUCACAGCUACCGUCUCAGAGGUUGUUCCAACCACGACCGUUCGUACCACGACCAAACCAGUCACCACUGCCAGAACCACAGAAUAUGCAGCAGGCGUUAGCAGCUCCGCUGCCCCGACCGGCACUGGCACAACCACAUCCACUUCUGUUUCCGUUCCCAGCCUGACCACGGUCACAGAAUCUACCGCCGUCCCCACAGGACCCACUGGCACGACCACAUCCGCUUCUGUUUCCGUUCCCAGCCUGACCACGGUCACAGAACCUACCGCCGUCCCCACAGGACCCACAGGAGCGACCGCAGAACCAUCCACAUCCACCACUACUACACCAGAAGGAAUAGUACCAUCCACCACUAGAGAGACAGGGGAUACUCCAGCAUUCACAGAGAGCACAACCAGAAUGACUCCUUCGCCUGACCUGCUGACCUCUACAGAGGUCUCAGGCACUCCAGGGGUCACACCAAAGGUCACGCCAAAGGUCACACCAGAUGUGCCAGCAGCUCCCUCAGUACCCGCCUUGCCCCCCACGGCCACCCCGACCUCCACCCCAGAGCCAGAGAGGGUGGACGGCGUAGACUCCACUACACAAAAGACUCCAUCACCACCACCUGUGUCUCCGUACACCACAUCAGAGACAACCGCGUCACCAUCACCUGUGUCUCCGUACACCACAUCAGAGACAACCGCGUCACCAUCACCUGUGUCUCCGUACACCACAUCAGAGACAACCGCGUCACCAUCACCUGUGUCUCCGUACACCACAUCAGAGACAACCGCGUCACCAUCACCUGUGUCUCCGUACACCACAUCAGAGACAACCGCGUCACCAACGGCAGUAUCGCCAUAUACCACGACAGAGCGUGUUGGAACUACGGCAGAGGUUACUACAUCCAUGGCAGUGUCCUCAACUAGGAUGUGCUCAAUGCGGCUCAAUGUAGGCUCCAUUUGGCUCAAUGUAGGCUCAAUGGGACUCAAUGUAGGCUCCAUGGCGCUCAAUGUAGGCUCCAUGGCGCUCAAUGUAGGCUCCAUGGCGCUCAAUGUAGGCUCCAUGGAGCUCAAUGUGGGCUCCAUGGGGCUCAAUGUGGGCUCCCUGAGGCUCAAUCCUCCCUAUUCAGAGAUCAUAGAUGAGUGUACCAAGUUCCUCUGUGUGAGCGGCCAGCUGGUCCGAUUCAACAUGUCCCAGAACUGUCUGUAUAACUCCACCCCUCCUAACUGCGGUCUGCUCGGCUUCGCCAUCCUGGUCAACGGGGACAAGUGCUGCCCACAGUGGGACUGCCCAUGUCGCUGCUCAGUGUUCCCUGACCUGAACGUGAUCACGUUUGAUGGUAACAGCGUGGCCAUCUACAAGGCUACCUCCUACAUUGUGACCCAGCUGCCCAGUGAGACCGUGAGCAUCGUGGUCCAGGAAUGCCCCGCUGACUCCGACACGCUGCUGUGGAAUUUCACCAACCUGUGUCUAGUGGUUUUGAACAUUACCCACAAGUCCAACCACCUGGUCAUCAACAGACUGCAGAGGAGGCUGUAUGUGAACUCGAGGUACGCCAAGCCGAGGUUCAAGAAGUUUGGCUUUGAGAUCCUGGACACCGGCAACAUGUAUCUGAUCCGUACGCCAGCGGGCCUGAAGCUGCAGUGGUUCCACAGCACGGGCAUGUUGGUCAUCGAGACAGAGAGCUACAACAGCAAACUGCCCACCAUGGGCCUCUGUGGUUGCUGUGAUGGUAACCCGGCCAACGACCUGAUGCUGUCGAAUGGGACGACAGUCGGGGAGAGCGAGGACCCAGCGGUGUUCAUCGACAGCUGGCAGGUCCCCAACACCACUAGUUACAUCAGCCACAGCCGGCGCAGAGAAGUCAACUGUUCCACCAGCGACUGUUCCCAGUGUAUGACCAUGCUGCGAAACACCUCCUUCAGCCCGUGCCAUGCUUUUGUUCCUCCCAGUACGUUCUGUGAGGUGUGGAUACGUGAUGCGGAGUACGUCAACAACCCGUGUGUAGCGCUGGCUGCCUACGUGGCAUCUUGUCACAAGUUCAACGUCUGCAUGGAGUGGAGGAGCCCAGACUACUGUCCCUUCAUGUGUCCAGACCGCCUGCGUUACCAGGCCUGUCUGCCUACCUGUACAGCCCAGUCCUGCUCCAACCAUGACUUUGACCACCACCCUGAGCAGUGUACUGGCCUGACAGAGGGAUGUGUUUGUCCUGAGGGCACUCUGCUCCAUCGACCCUACUCUGCCCUCUGCAUCCCCCCUGAGAAGUGUGCCUGUACGGACAGUUCGGGUGUACCCCGUGCUCCUGGCGAGGUGUGGAAGGCGUCUAAAGAUGGCUGCUGUAUGUAUCGCUGUGACAACGACAGUAUCGUUCCCGUGGAGUAUAACUGCUCUGCCGUGUCUCAGCCGCUCUGCCGCAGGGCCGGGGAAGUGGUCAUCGGUCUGGCAGACGACACCUCCUGCUGCCCACAGAGAGUCUGCGUUUGUAACCAGACCCUGUGUGACAUCUUCCCCCCGGAGUGUCAGUAUGGAGAGAAGCUGGUGUCUUACUUCAGAGAGGACUCCUGCUGUCCAGACUACGUCUGUGAGUGUGACCCAGAGCGCUGUGAGUCAGACAUCCCAGCCUGUAGAGAGGACCAGACCCUCAUCGCCACCAGGGCUGAUGGCAGCUGCUGCCUGGCACACAUCUGUAUGUGUGGUUCCUGUUUGGAGGUGGUUCCAAACUGCCAGGAUGGAGAGGUGUUGACGGUGGACGCCAACAGUACAGACCUCUGCUGUCCUGUCUACCACUGUGUGUGUGAGCCGUACCGGUGUGCUGAGUUGUCAUGUCCCUUGGGGAUGUCUGCUGUCACCGUGUCCCCUCCAGACCACUGCUGUCCCCUGCACACCUGCGAGUGUGCGUGUGACAAACUGUCGAAGCCAAAAUGUGUUCUGGGAGAGACCAUGCAGGUGGACAGGGCUUUCCUAGCAGACCCAACUAACCAGUGUUCCUGUAAGAGAUUUAACUGUGUGCGUGAGGCGGUGUGUGUGGACGGGGAGCGGGGUGUUAUGCAUCCGGGACAGACCCUCGUGGAUCACAGUCAGGAGGGGGUGUGUCUCACCACCCAGUGUAGCCACAGUCUGGAUCCCACCACGGGCUUCCACCACCUCCGCACCGCCACCACCAACUGCUCUGCUCAGUGCCAACCGAACCAGAUAUACAUCCCUCCCAAAGACCAGAUGAUGUGCUGUGGUGUCUGCAGGAACAUCUCCUGUCUCUACCACAAUGACAACGGUACUACACUCCUCUACAAGCCUGGGAAGUCUUGGGUGUCAGACUGUAUGAAGUAUGAUUGUACCGACACACUGUCAGGCCCGACCCUGGUGUCCUACUCAUUCAGCUGUCCACCUUUCAACCAGACAGAGUGUAUGAAGAUUGGUGGAACCAUUGUAAGUUACAUGGAUGGAUGCUGCAAGACAUGUAAAGAAGAUGGGAAGUCCUGUCAGAAGGUGACAGUAAGGAUGACGAUACGGAAGAACGACUGUCGCAGUAACAGACCGGUCAACAUCGUGUCAUGUGACGGGAAGUGUCCGUCAGCCAGUAUUUACAACUACAACAUCAACACGUACGCCAGGUUCUGUAAGUGCUGCCGUGAGAUGGGGCUGCAGAGGCGCUCCGUGCAGCUCUACUGCAGUGGCAACUCCACGUGGGUCAACUACUCUAUACAGGAACCCACCGACUGCUCCUGCCAGUGGUCUUAGUGGCCACACAGAGACACACACACACACACACACACACACACACACACACACACGACUGUAAUUCACUACAGGUGUACACACAUUAAGUAUAUGCGCACACACACGCACACACACGCACGCACGCACAACCCCACACACACACAUACACACACACAAACACACACACACACACACACACACACACACACACACACACACACACACACACACUGACACACACACACACUGACACACACACACACACACACUGCAGAGACACUACUCUUGUAUGUCAGAGGGACAACAGAAGGUUGA